AUGCCAGAAUAUCAGAUAGAAGGUUUAACGGUAGAUUUUCCAUAUGAAGCCUAUACGUGUCAAUUAUCUUAUAUGGAAAAAGUUAUCAAAUGUUUGAAAGAGGAAAAAAAUGGAAUUUUAGAAUCACCUACUGGUACUGGAAAAACAUUAUGUUUAUUAUGUGCAUCAUUAGCUUGGCUUCAGUCGUACAAACAACACUGUAGUCAAAAUCAGCGAGAACCUACUGGUAAACGAUUAACAGAAAAAUUGAAUGGAUCUCAGGAUGGUUUUGUUGUUUUAGAACAAGUUCAAAUUAUUUAUGCAUCGCGAACACAUUCACAGUUAUCUCAAGCUAUUUCUCAGUUGAAAAUAACCAGUUAUAGAAAUAUAAAAACAGUCGUAUUGGGAUCACGUGAUCAAUUAUGUCUUGAUUAUGAUGUAGCAAAAUUGGAAAAUAGUACCGAUAAAAUAUCAGUUUGUCGUGAAAAAGUUCGUCGUCAUCAGUGUGUAUUUUAUUCAAAAUUUGAUAGUAUCAAAUCAACAUUAUCCGAACUGCCAAUAGGUGAUAUUGAAGAUAUGAUGAAACAUGGGCGGCAAAAAAAAUUUUGUCCAUACUAUGCCGCACGUGAAAUGAAACAAUAUUCUGAUCUAAUAUUCAUGCCAUACAAUUACCUGAUCGAUAUUAAAGCACGUCGUACACACAGUAUUAAUUUACGAAAAUGUGUGAUCAUAUUCGACGAAGCACAUAAUAUUGAGCAAAUAUGUGAAGAAAGUGCAUCAAUUGCUCUAACAUCUGUGGAUUUAGCCGCUUGUUUAGAAGAUAUAAGUGGUGUGAUGAGAUGGAUGUCCGAUUGUCAAACAACAGCAGAAAAUGAUGAUGUAGAUAUUAGUAAUAUUUCGUUCGAUCGUGAUCAAAUGAUUGAAUUAAAAGAAAAAGUAAAAACUAUGGAAGAUUUACUGGAUGCUAAACCGUUAAAUAAACAAUCCCCACCUGAUGUAUAUCCUGGCAGUUGUGCAAUCGAAUGGUUAACAAAAGCUGGCAUCGAUAUUGUAUCUAAACGAAGUGUCGUUAAAUUAUUAGAAGAUCUUAAUACAUUUAUGUCUGCGCAAGCAACGAACAAUUUUCGUACAAAAGGACAUGCUCUAAUGAAAUUAUCAAGUUUUAUUGAAACAGUGUAUCCAUCAGAUGAAAAUGGAAAUCCAUUAUUUCCUCAACGAUUAACUGAACAAAUAAAUUCAUGUUUCAGGGUAUUUGUUACAGAAGAUAAAGAUAAGAAUAAACGACAAUGGGAAAAACCCAAAAACUCGAGUAGAAUUUUAAAAAAAUUUGACUUUAUGUGUCUUAGUCCGGGUUACUCAAUGAGAAAUUUGGCAAUUCAAAAUCCACGUUCAAUUUUAUUAACAAGUGGUACAUUAACACCGAUUCAAUCGUUUCAGACAGAACUUUCAAUUCCGUUUGAUAUAACACUUCAAAAUAAUCAUAUUAUAAAAGACAAUCAAAUUCAAGUAGCAAUUUUAACUCAAGGGGUUGAUAAAGAACCAUUUAACUCGAGUCAUAAAAAUCGAUCAAAUCGAAAAUAUGUGAUGAGUCUUGGUCUGACGCUUGAACAUGUUGCUAAGCGAAUACCAGGUGGAGCAUUGGUAUUUUUUUCAUCCUAUCAAAUGGUUGAUGAUGUUACAACUAUGUGGAAAAUUAUUAUUGAACCAAGACGUAAAGUAGCAUUUGAAAAAGAAAUGGAUACCUAUAAUCAGUGUGUGAAAGACUCAAGAGGUUGUAUGAUGUUGGCUAUUGCGCGUGGCAAGGUUGCAGAAGGAAUCGAUUUUAGUGAUGAUACAUGUCGUGCAGUGAUCAUGGUGGGUUUACCGUAUCCUCCAGCUUUUGAUCCUCGUGUUCAGAUAAAAAAACGUUAUCAAGAUGAAAUGGUGGAUCAACGACGAAAAGCAGCAUUGAACAUAAAUAAUCAAGUUCCUAUGCUUAAUGGUGACAGUUGGUACAAUCAACAAACAUAUCGUACAAUUAAUCAAUGUGUAGGACGAGCUAUUCGUCAUCGUCAUGAUUAUGGUUCGAUAUUGUUUUUCGAUGAAAGAUUUGUUAAUACAAAAGACCAGUUAUCACAAUGGUUACGACCGCAUGUUCAACAGCUUAAAUAUACAGAACUAAUUCAAGAUAUUCGAGAAUUUUUCAAAACAGCAGCUACUGAAUAUCCUACAGAAGUAAAUUCUAGUGUACCCUCCAAAAACACCACCAGUGAUGUGAUUGGUCAUGCUCAGUUUAUGCCAACAGAUAGUGCCGGUAUUUUAUUAAAGGAUACAACGUCGAAAAAAAUUAUGUCGACAAAUCAUGCUGAUAUAGCAUUAGCUUUAAGUCAUAUAGGACCAACAAUGGUUUUUCAACCAGAACCUGAAUUCGUUUCUUAUCCUCGAACUACAUCAUGUUUCGAUGCAAUUCAGGCUGUUCAAACGCGUGAUAAGCAAGUAUCGUCAUAUUCAACAAUAUCGUUCGAUAGCGAACAAAACAAUUUCCUAUCAAUGUUAGAAGAAAGACGCAAAUGUGAUGGUGGUGCAGUAAAGAAGUCUUCAAUUAAAUUAACAGCACCAUCAACAACAGUAGCAGUACCACCACCACCACCACCAGUAGCAACAACAACAACAACAAAUUUCGAUGAAAAAUCAGUAGUAUUGAAUGAAAAAAAAGUUAAAGCAAAAGAUUUUUUAGAACAAAUGAGAGCUGCUUUAUCUCAAUUAUCUAUGGGACAAAUAUCAAAACUAAUUGAUAUUUGUGGUCAGAAUCCCCUAGAUGAAAAAGCGUAUGAUAAAUUAAAAGUAUUGUUAGCCGAUAAUCUAGUUGAGCAUCAUCAACAACUUUUACGAGAUUUUCGUCGAUAUAUAAACAAAAAAUUUCGCGAUAAUUAUGAUCAAUAUUGUAAAAUGAGAAUUGAUAAUUUAUCCAAAACACAAAUAGAUUCAGAUUCAUCAGUUGUUGUUCUUUCAUCGACAAAUGGAAAACGCGCAUUUGAUAGUGGUGAUUGUGCGAACAAAUGUGGAUUCACAAAGAUCACUGAUGUUGACAGUAGUUAUCCGACGACAAUUAGUUUAAUGCGUUGUAAACAUCAAGUUCUUCGUCCAUAUCGUCACCUGCUUUGUCUUAUUAUCACCACACCUCGUCCACCAGUAACAACAACAACAGAACCGGUGAAAAAUCAUACUAUUAUUAUACCAUGGGACACUAUAGCCCCGGGUAAACCAAUUGAAACAACAAAUUUGUCAGUUGGUAUUCAAAAAACACAAUGUGGACAUAUUAUAUCCACUUAUAUUUUACCGGAUAUUCUACAUUUAAUAUCAUUUAUAUUUGGAUACAUUUAUUUUCGUGUGACAGAAGGCGAACAGUUGUAUUCAUUGAUGGAAAAAGUAUUCAUUCAUGCCGAUCAAAAUAUUCGACAGUUUUCACCUAAUCGUGUUAUCAGACGUUUGAAAGUGUUUAUGAUUAUUGGGUGUUUCUGGGUGUUCACUGCAUUAUCAUCGCAUGCUCUCUUUAUGGUCGUCUAUGGCAUUAAUGGUCUGACAAUAUUUAAAAAACGAGGACUAAAACAACCAGCUCAAUGGAUAUUAUUUGUUCUUGAAUUAAUUGCACUUUUUAUAUCAAAUUGUAUUCAUUUGGCAGUGGUUAUGAACUUUGCCACACAUUGUGAAAUGAUUAUUUUUUAUUGUAAAGCGAUUCGAACAAGAUUAGAAGAAAAAUCAUUGCAGUUAGUUGAAGCAAUGAAACAAAUUUUGGAUAUUCGUAGUGCUAUUGGACAACUGAAUAGCACAGCAUCAAAAAUGAUGUCAAUUUUAAUAGUUUUCUUUUUACAACGUAUCGUUCUCGGUUCAGUGAUAUUAAUAUUUAAUCGUAUUGAUCAACCAUUAGUUUGGACUUACAGAGCAAUUUAUCCACUUGUUUGGUUAUUCAUUCUUGGAUUUUGUUUAAUACAAGCAUGUCGUGUUACAGAAAAGUGUGAUAAAUUUUAUAAAAUUGGUUUAUCAAUGAGAGUUUACGGUUAUCACACAUCCACGUCGAAUGAAUUAGAUUCUUUCAUGUUAUUUCUUUCUCAAGCUGAACUAAGGGGUACAUGA